GUUACUGAUUUGCAUUGAUUAACUGUUAUAUUUACAAUACAGCUCCACUGAUUCAAAACAAUACAUGCAUUUCCACACACACAUCUCAUUUUCCUUUGUCCCACUCUCCAGAAUGGUUUAAUAAGUAUGUAAAUAAUAUACUAUAGCCUUCUAGAUCUCAAUCUAACUGAACACCUAUGGAAGAAAUUGGACUGAGAGGUUAAGCAGAGCUCUCUGUCAUUUGUAAAAACACUGAGGGAAUAUCCUCUGAAUUAUGUUUAGACACUUAAAUAAUCCCUGCCAAAGCAUGCUGUAGCUGUUCUAGUGGCUCAUGGUGGUCCAGCACCUUAAUCUGUCACCUGUCUGUGUAUAUUCCAAGGUUUCAAGAGUGUAGAUAUUAUACUGUUUAUGUAUAUAUGACAGACAACACCUGUAGAUCUGCCCAGGCAUGUAGUAGCGGCACAAUGCAUAAAAUCAUGGAUACAAGUUAAGAGCUUCAGUUAAUGUUCAUAGAAUGGAGAAAAAUGUUAUCUCUAUGACUAUGACCGUCGCCUGGUUGUUGGUACCAGACAGGCUGGUUUGAGUAUUUCAGAUACUGCUGAUUUCCUGUGAUUUUUACGCACAACACAGUGAAACAUGAUACUACGCAACAAUACCUUCUAAAAAACUGGUAGUAACUUAAACUGUGAGCGCAAGUUAUUCAGUUUGUCAUGCUAUUUUCAAAUCGCUACAUUAAUUAUUCCUCACGCUAGAUGGCGGUCAAACUCAAUACUAAUCCAUUAGUGUGUUAGAGAUGUUUCUCUCCGACUCUGAGUCACAUCCCUAACCCCGGUCCCGGAGUUCCCCUGUCCUUCAUAUUUUAGUGUUUACCUGCUCCCAACACAAAUGUUUCAACUAAUCAGUUAAUGAACAGCCCUCCCUGAGUGGAGAAAACUCUAAAAUGUGCAGGACAGAUGGUACUCCAGGACCAGUUUUAGGAGCCUGUGCUGUGAGGAAAUCUGCCUCAAUUUUACACUGACAGAAUAGUUGUAAAUUGUGAACUGUUGUAUUAAAGCAACAGUACCCGAGUAUGUUAUCGUGAAUAACAUCACGUCUUUUAUUUGUUUGUAGAUUUAGUUAUUUUAUGUUGUACCACAGCGUUGUUGAAUUCUUAAAUCUGAUUGAAUAGAAGGUGUUGAUUUUUUUUAAUAACAGCAGCAAUUACAGUAGUGCCGGCUGUAAUUAAAAUGACAGGUUUGUAUUUGGCCUAAUGCAUUAUCGUUUUAUUAGUAACAGCUCCUACUCAGGGAUUUAUGGCGGACGCUGCACAUUUAAUCUAAGGCUAAUACUAAACGGAUUAAAUAAACUGGCAUGCUUUUAGAACAUCGUUGACAAAGGAAAGUUUUCUGUUAGGAGACUUUUUAUUUUUAACAUAGCAGCGCUUUGUAACGGUCACUAAGUUUUCCGCCAUGGAAAAGCCUAAAGGCCAGAGGACUUGUGCUUUCCGGUUUCUCAGUAACAUUGCGUCGGGCCGUAUCACAACACCAUGCUUGGAUUAUUUUCUUAUAACAGAGCAGCCCGUCGUGUUUUAUUCCUCAAGUAAGGUAUACACAACGUCUUCAGGAACAUGAAUUCCGCAUGAAUUUAAGUCUCUGUCUCUGUCGUGCUAGAGGUCGUGCUUUGGCCAGAAAAAAAUUAAAUGUAGGGGCGCAUAACAAACAAACAAACAAAUAAAAGCACCAAACAAAAGAAGUAAUAAAAUCUGUAUCGUUAUAUACAACAAACCUUUUUCUUAAUCCCAAACUAAAAAUAGCCCUCGACCAGUUGUGAUAGGCAGGCUAUAAUUUGGGGUCCGAUAGCUCCACCUCUCCACCUCUAAUCCUGGGCGGGUGCAGCAGUUACACUGCGUUCUGCCACUGUACGCACUUCACCGUGGACCGAAAGUGCUACCGAAUUUUCUCCAAAGCUUGUAAUUGAACUGCAAUGGAAAUUAAAGUCUCUUUCUGUCACGUUAUUUCGGAAUACUAUCUACUGAACUUUCUUUUGGUGUUUUCCGGUUUUCAAUUUUGUCAGAAUUAAUGUCAGUGUGCCGAGCUUGAAACACGUCACCCUCAGGUGUCUCAUAAUCUCGAAAAGUCACCCUUAUUAUUUUUUUUUUCGAAGCUAGCCAUCGCGCUUUGGAUUUAAUGGAUUUGAUUUUGAAAAACGAAUUCUUCCAUUUGUUGUCUCCUACAGGAUGGUACCUCCUGUGGCGUGAAGGUAGCAGUUACUUGUUUAACAGCACCAGCGAACUCCAUUCGAGAUCCACACAUCGGCGUUUACGGACUCAAGAAAAGCGAGAGAUGCAGAAAGAAAUCCUGUCCAUCCUGGGACUGUCACAUAGACCCAGACCUCAUCUAUGGAACGGCAAAUACAACUCAGCACCCCUUUUCAUGCUGGACCUGUACAAUGCAAUAAACGUCGAGGAGAAAACCAAAGUAGACGGGAUAUUGGACCCUUAUAAGUCAGUGUUCACCUCUCAAGAACCCCAGUUAGCCACAAUUCAAGACAACGCGUACUUAAAUGAAGCUGACAUGGUGAUGAGCUUUGUGAAUUUAGUGGAGUACGACCGGGAGUUGUCUCCUCAUAGAAGACACCAUAAGGAGUUCAAGUUCAAUCUGUCUCAGAUCCCAGAGGGAGAGACAGUUGCAGCAGCAGAGUUCAGGAUCUACAAGGAAUGUGUGGGCACUGCUUUUCACAAUGAAACCAUCCGACUGAGUGUUUUUGAGGUGGUGGGCGAACAUCUAGACAGAGAUGCAGACCUUUUUCUGUUGGAGUCCCGCCAGCUGUGGGCAGUGGAUGAAGGCUGGCUGGAAUUUGACAUCACAGCCACCAGUAACCUCUGGGUAAUGAAUCCACAUCAUAAUCUGGGCCUGCAGAUAAGUGUGGAAACUAACAACGAUUUGAAAUCCCUCCUUACAGGAGAGAACAUUAACCCUAGAGAGGCAGGGCUAGUCAGUCAGGAUGGGCCUCUGGAGAAGCAGCCCUUUAUGGUGGCCUUCUUCAAGGUAAAAAAGCUCCACAUCCGCACAACCCGCUCUAUAGGAAAACCCAGACAGCAGAGCCGCAAUCGUUCCACUUAUCCACAGGAGGCACAAAAAGGCCCAGGACACACAGCAGAUUAUAAUAGCAGUGAUCAGAGGACAGCCUGCAGAAAACAUGAACUAUACGUUAGCUUCAGAGACCUGGGCUGGCAGGAUUGGAUUAUUGCACCUGAAGGCUAUGCAGCUAAUUACUGUGAUGGAGAAUGCUCAUUCCCAUUAAAUGCUCACAUGAAUGCUACCAAUCAUGCUAUUGUACAGACACUGGUCCACCUGAUGAACCCCGAGAACGUCCCGAAGCCAUGCUGUGCUCCAACUAAGCUGCAUGCCAUCUCUGUGCUGUAUUUUGAUGACAACUCCAACGUCAUCCUGAAAAAGUACAAAAACAUGGUGGUGCGUGCAUGUGGCUGCCACUGACAUUGAGGAGGACAUGCAAGAGUGCCCCUGCUAAACAGCUGCAGCUCAGAAUGUGGGAGCAAGCAUGUAUGUAAGAGAAAGAUGUUAGAAUACUUGUGUGUUUGCGCUGUGUGUGUGUAAGUGUGCAUCCUCUUCCUCACCAUGCAUGCACCAUAAAUACUGGAUGUGGGAUUAUUAAGGUCUGUGUGAGGAAUGUGCUGUUUGUCUUCUUUUUCCUGUUCAGACACAGUCUGUUCUCAUGUACUCCUGCCACCUCUGGAAAAUAUGGACAUUGAGCAUUCUAUCUACAUUUCUAUAUAGAAUAUUUUAUAUUUAUUCUGUAUUUGACUAAAACUUUAUUUUAACAACUCAUAUUAUCAGUAACAACUAAUGUCAAAUACAUCCAUAUAAUAGCACAAAAAAAUUAGUAGUUUUUCUAUUUUGUAAAAAAAAAUCAGAUAAACUUGAUUGGACUGUUUUUAGGUCUAAAUAAAAUGGCAUUUUUAUUCUCUCAAAUGUUGCUCUACACCUCCAGUGGUUUGCCUUAACCAACCAGAGGUGACACCUGAGACCUCACCAGAAUAUGUGCGUGUGCGCACACACGUGUAUGUGUGUAUGCAGGUAUUUUAGUAGCAUCUGUAUAAUACCUCCAGUUUCAGAUUAGCAACAAUUAACAAUUCAGAACACCAAAUUUCAGCUCAGUAAGACUUUCAGGUCCUGAGAAACAGCUAUUUGAACUCUGCCACCUGUCAAGAUCCAUUCCCCCAAACUUCAUGCAUCCUCAUAACAUUGGCCUGAAGAUGCCUUUCAAGUUGCAUGUGGAUCCAUGCAACCAGUCCUCAGUUACUGAUGUUUUAGUAAAUCAAACUCUGCCCCACUUGGAUUGAUGGGCAUAUGGAGACCAGGUUGUUUGCAAAUCUCAACAUGUUGUUGAUAAUUCUUGAAUAUUACAAUUUCUGUGCUAGUCCUGUAUAAAUUUUGUGUGAAACCAUGCAAGGAAUCAUGAGUUAAAACUGUAUGUGUAAAUUAGUCUCCACCUCCUUAGAACUGAUUUAAGUAUGGUGGCCAUAUUGUUUAGAAAUGUCAACAUGUUUUUGAUAGCUAUUGAGGUUCACACACACCUGAGUAUUUUCACAUCAAGAUUUUGAAAAUUUUGAAAAGGAUCCCAGGACCAGUUUACAAAAGUAGGUUUCAGAUAUUAUGCAAAUAAUCACAAAUUUCCGUAGGUGGAGCUAAAUGGUCGAAAAGGCAGGUUUUUUUUUUUUUUUUUUUAGAAUUUGAGCAAACGAAACAAUUUUAAAACCAAUUUUCACUGUACCCCUUAUCUUCCAAGAGAUUGCUUGUUUGUGUGCACAAACAUGAAUAGCACCCCCAAGUGGCCAAGCUGAUUUAAGAUUGCAUCAGAUAGUAGUGGUUCCCUACCCGAACCUACCAUUCAAGUUUCAUGACAAUAGGUCACUGUUAACUGUUAAAUGCCUGCUGAAAGCUGAUUUGGCUGAUGAUGUUUUUUUUUUGUUUUUUUUUAAUUAAUUAGGUCAACAUCAAAAAUCUACUAACAGAUUAGCAUAUAGAUGCACCCUACCAAAUCAGCUCGGUGGGACAUAUGAUUCCGGAAAAACAGUUAUCUGUCCUUAGCCCCGCCUCCUUUUUCUGACCAUGCCCCAAACUGCUCAGAGUCAUCUGGCUCAUAAGUAUUGUAUGACAAUUGGUGGCCAUGUUGUUUACAAAUGUCAAUGUGUUUUUGACUUUGCUAAUUCUGAACUAUUAGUGUAGCUACUUGAUGCUGCAAACUAAUUUUAGCUUGCUAGCUAGCCAGUCUCAGGGUUACAUUAGAGAACAUACAACUCCUGAUAUAACUUUAUCCUUGUCUGCAUCAGCUGGUGUUUAGGGACACUAGACACCACGGGACUGUCAAACAACUACCUAACCUCAGUAACAUUUAACUUCGUUUACAUGCAGUUUAACAUACAGUCCCCUCAGAAUGUACUGGAACAGCAUGGCCAAUUCUUUUGUUUUUCUAUACACUGAAUAGAUUUGGAUUUGAGAUCAAAAGAUGAAUAUUUACAUUUAGAGGUAAAUCUUUACAAGAAAUAUAAUUUCCUGAUAUUUACAUCUAGAUGUGUUAAACAACUUAAAAUAUGGCACCUUUUGUUUGAACCCACCCACAUAUUCGAGUGAUCAAAAAUACUGGAACAUGACUGAUAGUUUCUUGCUGCCCAGGUGUGCCCUGUUAAAUUGUUUGUUUAAAGAAUUAAUAGCUCUGAAUGUCUACUCUUGGUUUGAGCUCUAGGUUUCACCUGUGAAGACUGCAUUUGUUGUUAAAAAGGAUAAACCUUCAUGAAGACCAGAGAGCUGUCUAUGGGAGAAAAGCAAGCCAUUUUGAAGAUGAGAAAAGAGGAAAAAUCUGGAAUGUCCUGAAAAAGAAAGAAACCAAUGGUGUACCAACAACCAGACAGGGAACAGGUCGGCCAAGGAAAACAACAGCAAUAGAUGAGAGAAACAUUGUGAGAGCUGUGAAGAAAAACCCAAAAACAAGCGUCAGUGACAUCACCAACAACCUUCACAGGGCAGGGGUGAAGGUAUCAUAAUCCACCAUUUGAAGAAGACAAAGUGCAGAAAUACAGAAGCCAUACCACAAGAUGCAAACCACUCAUGAGCAGUAAGAAUCAGAAGGCCAGAUUGGAAUUUGCAAAGAAAUAUAAAGAUGAGCCACAAAAGUUCUGAAACUAAGAUUAACCUCUACCAAACUGAUGGAAAGGCCAAAGUGUGGAGAAAGAAUGGAUUUGCUCAUGAUCCAAAACAUAAAAGCUCAUCAGUCAAGCAUGGUUGAGGAAGUGUCAUGGCUUGGGCUUGCAUGGCUGCUUCUGGAAUGGGCUCACUAAUCUUUAUUGAUGAUUUAACUCACGAUGGUAGCAGCAGAAUGAAUUCAGUCUACAAGUGAAGUCUACAGAAACAAUGUGUCUGCCAAUUUACAGAGAAAUGCAUCCAAUCUAAUUGGGAAGAACUUCAUCAUGCAGCAAGACAAUGACCCAAAACACACUGCCAACGUAACAAAGGAUUUCAUCAGAGGAAAAAGUGGAAGGUUUUAGACUGGCCAAGUCACUCACCAGACCUUAACCCAGUUAACCCACCAAAACAAACAACAACUGAAAGAAGUUGCAAUACAAGCCAGUAAAAGCACCACAACAGAAAAAUACAAUAGCUUGUUGAUGUCAGUGCAUCACUGGCUUGAUCACUCCAAUGACCUGUUGAACAUGUCCAUAAAGAAUGACAGGACUGGGAAAGAGGACUGGCUGAGUAGGUGAUAGAUUAGGCACCUAAUGGGCCAUCUCUCAAAUCUGCAGAAGGCGUUUAGCUGGUUUGGAAGAUGGGGGUCAUCAGUAUGGGGGGGUGGGGGCUUCUUUUUGUAGUUUGUGAUGGUCUGAUGGACCCUCCCAGACUGAGGAGAAUCGUUAACAUUGUUGAUUCAGUUUACGAGAGUAUUGCUGUUUGGCUACUUUGGUAGCCUUCUCCAGCUUGGGUUUUGCUUUCUUGAAUUCCUCCUUGUCUACAGUUUACCUGACAGAAGCUGAUGUAAGAUGUGUUUGUGUCUGUAUACUCAUCCAUACUGUGGGUACUUGAUUUAAACAGCCCCAGUCUGUGGCUCUGAGGCAUUGUUGUAGUUCUUCAACUGCUUCACUAAUCCAUGUCCUUAUGGCUUUUUUCAGACUUCAAUUCUUUUUUUGUUGCUGUCUAUAUGCAAGACUGAGUUGGAUCAUAGCAUGAUCAGAUAGUCCAAGAGAGGCACUUUCAGUAGAAUCCUAUGCAUUCUUGAUGGGACCACAGCAGUGUUCCAAAGUUUUUCCCUCUCUGGUGGCACAUUUACUGUGCUCGUGGAAUGAGGGGAGAGCCAGACUUAAAAUUAAUGGUUGAAAUUGCCCAUUAUCAUUAUUCCAUAGUCUGAGUGUGCUUUUUCAAUCUCUGUGACCAUGUCUGCUAAUUCUUCUUGUGUCUGGUAAGCAUUGGCCAGUGGGGGAAUAUACAGUAUCUCACAAAAGUGAGUACGCCCCUCACAUUUCAGCAACCAUUUUAUUGUCCGUUCUCAAGGACAAAACUAUAAAAAUGGAAAUUGGAUAUACUUUAGAGUAGUCAAUGUGCAGCUUGUAUAGCAGUAUAGAUUUACUGUCCUAUAAAAUAACUCAACAUACAGCCAUUAUUGUCUAAAUAACUGGCAACAAAAGUGAGUACACCCUAAGUGAACAUGUCAAAACUGUGUCCAAAGUGUCAAUAUUUUGUGUGCGCACCAUUGUUGUCUACCACUGCCUUAAUCCUCCUGGGCAUGGAAUUCACCAGAGCUGCACAGGUUGUUGCUGGGAUCCUCUUCCACUCCUCCAUAAUGACAUCACAGAGCUGCUGGAUGUUAGACACAUGCCACUUCUGCUUGAGGAUGUCCCACAGGUGCUCAAUAGGGUUCAGGUCUGGAGUCAUACUUGGCCACUCCAUCACCUUCAAAUUCAGCUUCCUCAGCAAGGCACUUGUCAUAUUGGCGGUGUGUUUGGGGUCGUUAUCAUGUUGGAAAACUGCCGUUCAGCCCAAGGGAGGGCAUCAUGUUCUGCUUCAGAAUGUCACAGUACAUGUUGGAAUACAUGUUUCCCUCAAUGAAGCGCAGCUCCCCAGUACCAGCAGCACUCAUGCAGCCCCAGACCAUGAUGCUACCACCACCAUGCUAGACUGUAGGCAAGACACAAUUUUCUUGGUACUCCUCACUAGGGCGUCGCCACACAUGCUGGACACCAUCUGAGCCAAACAAGUUUAUCUUAGUCUCAUCAGACCACAGGACAUGGUUCCAGUAAUUCAUGCUCUUGGACAGGUUGUCUUCAGCAAACUGUUUGCGGGCUUUCUUGUGAGCCAGCUUCAGAAGAGGCUUCCUUCUGGGAUGACAGCCAUGCAAACCGACUUGUUGCAGUGUGCAGCGUAUGGUCUGAGUACUGACAAGCUGACCUUCCGCUUCUGCAACCUCUAAAGCAAUGCUGGUAGCACUCAUGCGUAUGUUUUUUGAAGCCAGCUUCUGCACCUGACGCUCAGCACAAGGACGCAACUUCUUUGAACGACCUUGCAAGGCCUGUUCUGAGUGGAACCCGUCUUGGAAAACCUCUAUAUGACCCUGGCCACUGUACUGUAACUCAGUUUCAGGGUGUUACCGAUCUUCUUAUAGCCUAGGCCAUCUUUGUGGAGAGCAACAAUUCUAAUUCUCAAAUCCUCAGAGUUUUCUUUGCCAUGAGGUGCCAUGUUCAACAUGCAGUAGUCAGUAUAAGAGAACUGUACUCAAAGCACCAAAUUUUAACUGCUCUAAUACAAGAUACACAAAUUUGUAUGGUUCUGUCAAGCAGACAAAAACAUGAACAUGAUGAAUAGGACAUGUGGCUUUGCAUGGUUAAACGAUGUACAGCUAUUAUCACUUAGGGUGUACUCACUUUUGUUGCCAGCUAUUUUGACAGUAAUGGCUGUAUGUUAAGUUAUUUUCAGAGGGCAGUAAAUCUAUACUGCUAUACAAGCAGCACAUUGACUACUCUAAAAUAUAUCUAUAUAUUUUAUAUAAUUUCUAUAGUAUUGUCCCUUGAGAAGAUAUACUAAAAUGGUUGCUGAAAUGUGAGGGGUGUACUCACUUUUGUGAGAUACUGUAAAUCCCAGGCAGUAUAACAGAUGAAAAUUCACAGGGUGAGUAAAAAGGGUUGCAUUUGAGAAACAUUACCUUCAUAAUGUUUACCUCCAUGUCCAUACCGCCAUGCUCCAUGAUGGAGCAUAUUUUUAAUAAGACAGAUAUGUCUUUGCACCAGCCUUGAUUAAUGUAGAAUCACACACCUCUUCCUUUUUUCUUAAUGCAAAGCUCAGGGACUGGAUCCGCUCUGUAAACAGGAAUCAUGUCGUUCAUCCAUGUCUCCAUAAAGCAGUAAACUUAAGGCAGUGAAAAGUCCUUUUUUUGUGCUUGCAAGGAUUUGGAGUUUGUUGAUGCUGAAAUUGAAAUUGAGUGCACGUCAGACAGUAAUAUUCCCCUGAGUGGAGUUCACAGGCCUCUCUUCCUAAAUCUGACCAGUGCUCCAGCGCACUUGCCUCUUUGUCUUUUCUGUUUCGUGCAGCUUGGAGAGGCGCUGGAGUGCACUUCAGGAGCAGCGCUAAUAAUCCUUGGACUGUGUUAAAAACUCUGUGCACUGAUCGUCCGGUACAGUUCUCCUGAUAUUAAGAAGCAUGUCCCUUGAAUACUAAAUCUGAACUGGAUUGCUAUUAACAAAAAAUAAAUAAAUAAAAAAAAGACAGACACAUGACAAGACACCAAAACACCGGGGCUGCCAUCUUGGGCUCCAGGAAGAUUUUUAUGGUUAAAACACACCUGCUCUAAGAAAACAUUUAGUUUGUGGCAGUUAUUAAGGUAACCCCUAACUGCACACACAAUACCAUUUUUCCGUGAAUCCAUACCCACAAACACUAAAUAUAAGAUGUUAACUGGCAAUUUCAAUAGAUGCUGUGAUGAAUCAACAAACUGGUCGGCUGAAAUAACUAUAAAUGGCUAACCGGAAGUCUUACACAAAACCAAACCAGAACAGACAUUGCAAUGCUGAAAACAGGGCCGGCGCUAGCUAUAGUCAGAGCAGGCAAUUGCCUAGGGCAGAGCAGGCAAUUGCCCUUACACUCGUUCACCAAUCAAGACGGGCAGCGUAAGACCAGGCUCUUUGUCCAUUGUCCUCGGAAGCUGCUAAGCAAAAAGCUAAACAGGCACGCAAAGAAAGCGCAGCUCGUGAUGCAGGUAUGUGAGCUGACAUCAUGUAUUUUUGAUUGUAAAUGUAUAUUAAAUUAAACGGAGCCUUAUUCUGCUGAUUCGCAUCAGCGCCAUUUGAAGAUGGAUCAUUAUUUGCAGCUGGUUUCACUUAUGUAUGACGCUUUGAAUCCGAGCUGAUCGACUGUACGGUGAAUCAGCAGGAGCUUAUUUUCAAAAUACUCAAGAAUAAAAACAGCAUUCGCAGCUAGGCUAGACCAUUGUUUAUUAUUUCAAAAAAGCAUCUCAACUGUCUGUAUAAAUUCCGGUAAUGUUUACAUUAUCAUAAUAACCUGCUUUAUACUUUUUUUAGUUUUCAAAUAAAUUGUGCUGGUUUAUUUACUGAAUAAAUACAAUUUAAGCAUACAAAUACAAUUGAUGAAGUUAACUAUUCUUUCUGCUUAGUAGUUUGUCUUCUUCACUUCCACUGUUGAUCUGGGUAUAUUGCAUAUUUAGGGUUUAUGCAUAUUUAGGGUUUAUGCGACAAUCUAGCCUAUAUUGCUUCAGUAGGAGGGGGCUCCAGCUAGAAAAAUGACAUUUUACCCCCAUUUUACUGUAUAGAGUAGGCAAAAAUGUUUGUUAUCCCAAAUAGUGGGUUAGUGUGUUACUGUAAAUAAAUUACUGAACAAAUUACUAAAAGUCCUGGGUGAUUUAUUCAGUGUGUCAAUGAGAGUAAUUUCAAAUAAAAUUAUAAUCUUAAACUUGCUAAAGUUAGCAUUUUAAAAUAAUGGGAAAAACAUUAUCUAAACAAAUUUAUUAUUUUAGUGUAGCCUAGCUAAUGACAUUACUGUUGUAGGAUCACUGAUGAGGUUUUUAAAAACAAGUGGCAAGUCAGAAGAACAACAGAGCAAAGAGAGAGAAGAGCAAGAGAGUAGCCUUGAGGGAGAGAAUCAACAGGGCAAAAAAAGUGAAGAUCCAGAGAGUGAUUAUGAGAAAGACCAACUACAGGGCAAAGAGAGUGUAGGGCCAGAGAGUGUUUGUGAGGAACUCAGCAAACAGAGUGAAGGGCCAGAGAGUAGGCUGAAGGAGGUUGAAGGCAACAGUAGUGAGAGACUGGAAGUCACUGAGUCUGGACUAGACACUGCCAUACCUGGAACAUCAACAAAAAGUAAAAUAGGAAACACCAUACCUGAAGCUCAACCUAUUGAUCCAGCCUUAUGGUCUGACACAGUUUCACCAUGUUUCAGAGCAGAGGCAGUGCAAAGAGGACCAUUUAAAGUCAGAGAAUGUUAUGUUUUUCCAAAAAACACAGAUGGGUGAGCUUUUUCACAUAGUCUGUUUUAUAGAAAAAUGCCUAAUGGUGAAGGAGUCAAAAGAUCAUGGUUGUCAUAGUUGGAGGUGAAUGAUGCAGUCUUUUGCUACAGCAGCAAACUUUUCACUACUCAAGUAAUUAAGCUCAUUAAAGGAGGUUUAAAAGACAGGAAGAACAGCCACACCAUCCUGCGCAGCCAUGAGAACAGUUCUGAGCAUAUAAGCACCAUGCAGAAGUGGAGGGAAUUAGAGUUGCGGUUUAAAACUGGUCAAACCAUAGAUCAGUGACAGAUGACCCUUUUGGAGGAAGAAAGACAAAGGUGGCAAAAUGUUCUCACAAGGCUGUUAGCAAUUAUACAGUCUCUUGCUGAGAGGAAUCUUGGAUUUAGAGGAUCCACAGACAAACUCAAAGUUUGAUCCAGUCAUGCAGGAGCACUUGGCUAAAGUCAAAGAUGGAAGUAUAUACACACACACACACUACUUGGGUAAAGACAUACAAAAUGAGCUACUGAAUCUCAUGAGUAGUCAACUGACCAAAGAAAUAGUUGCAAAAAUCCACACCGCAAAGUACUUUUCAAUCAUCCUUGAUUGCACACCAGACAUUAGCCACCAGGAACAGAAGUCUAUCAUAAUACGCAUUGUGGAACUUCAGCCAGAGCCAGAAAUAAAAGAAUAUUUUCUGGGAUUCUUGGUUGUGGAAGAGACAACUGGCAAAAAUCUGUCAUCUGUAAUCCUAAAUAGGUUGAAGGACCUUCAUAUUGUCUUUAUGGAUUGUCGAGGUCAGUCAUAUGAUAAUGGCUUUAACCUGAAGGGCAAGAAGCAAGGUGUACAAGCCAGGCUGCUUGAAAAGAACCCAAGAGCCCUGUUUGUCCCAUGUGGGGCACACACGUUAAACCUGGUUCUGGCAGAUGCUGCAAGAGCUUCAAAAGGUGCCACUGGAUUCUCUGGACACCUGCAGAAGCUAUUCAGCUUUUUUUCAGGAUCCACUCAGAGAUAGUCUAUUUUGAAAAAAUAUGUGGACCUCACUCUUAAGUCAUGGAGUGACACAAGGUGGGAGAGCAGAUUAAAGAUUAAAGUGUUCAGGCUGUCAGGUUCCAGGUUGCCCAAAUCAGGGAAGCACUUGUAGAAGUACGGCAGAGUUUGUCUGACCCUGUUUCUAAAGUGGAGGCCCAAGCUCUUGCUGAAGAAUUGCUUUUUGAUUUGUUCUGUUGUGUGGUGUGACAUUCUGACACUUGUCAACCAGGUCAAUAAGCUGUUCCAGUCAUCCUCUAUGCAACUGGAUGUUGCUUCAAACCUGAUUACUUCCACCAAAACAGCACUCUGACAGUAUAGGGCCUCUAGCUUUACUGCAGCACAAGCAACUGCAAAAGAUCUCUGUGAGGAAAUGAACACUGAGGCAGUUCUCAAACAGAAGAGACUACGUAACACCAGGAAUCAGUUCUCUUACAGGGCUGCUGAUGAGCCUCUGACUGAUGCGCUACGAAACCUGGAAGUGACAUUUUUUAACACAGUUGUCGAUGUAGCACUUCAUUCCCUUGAGGAGAGAUUUCAGACCAUGGAAAAUGUCAGGGACACUUUUGGUAUCCUUUUGAAUUUUAAUGAUGUUGCAACCGUGUCAAGAAGUACAGUGAGGAAACACUGUGAAGACAUUGAGAAAGCACUCAGCAAGGAAGGACAUGCAGAUAUCUCAGGAAUGGAAAUGGCAGAAGAGAUCCUCAACCUUCCACCAUUACCAUCAAAAAGCACAGCCAUGGAGCUUCUGAGAUUUCUUCACCAGGAGCCAUUGCAGGAGAUAUGUCCAAAUCUCUGGACUGCGCUCAGAAUUGCAGUUACUUUGCCAGUAACUGUAGCAGCUGCCAAGAGAAGUUUCUCAAAACUGAAGCUUGUUAAGAAUGACCUGCGUUCCACAAUGAAUCAGGAACGACUUAGUGGACUUGCUUUAAUCAGCAUUAACAGAGAACUUGCCCUGCAGAUUUCUUAUUAAGCAGUUAUUGAUGACUUUGCUUAAAAAAAAAGCAGAAAAGUGCCUCUGUAGGUGGCCGUGGCCAUGGCCAAGGAAUAAUAAUAAGAAGAAGAAGAGCUGGUCCAGAUGACCUUUCAUAUUUUUUUAGUGUUGACCUUAGUUAAAGUUUAAUUAAUAUGCACAUUUAAGUAAAUACAUACAAGUAAU